AUGGGCAAACACGACCAGGAAAACUCGGAGUUUCUACAACUAUAUCAAAAUCAGUUGCACCAGUCUUCAGUGAACGUUGGAUAUGGUAACAUAGCUUUUGCUAGUAACCCUAGUGGCCAGCAUGGUACCACUAAAGUAAGCUCAGCAACAACAACACUGUCAGAUGAACCGAUACCAAGAGUAACCGAACUAAAUAGCAAUUAUAAUAAUUUGGACAAAGCAUCUUCAGUUCCGGAUGAAAAUAAUCUGAAUUUCAAUCUUGUAAAAAACAGUGCAAAAUCACUUUCAACCAAUAACUGCAGCGGGGCUCAUAAAUAUAUUGUAACAAGCGGAACCAGUAGCAGUAGCGCUGGAAACGGAAGCGGUGAAUAUCACUUGAAAUAUUACAAGGGUGAUAAUAGUAAUAAUUUGAACACCGCUGUUACAAGUAAUGUCAAAGAAGCCCAGUAUAUCCUAAGUGAAUCGAAUGACAAUUCAAAUAACGGCUUAAAAAACUCACCUCUUCUCCACGCAUGCAAAAACGUGCAACAAGCGCAUUCGAUAAAUAAUUCAAACAAGCCUUCUUUAAAUAAAAACGCAUUGUUAAGCUCGUGCCAGGGAUCAUUCCAUUCUUUACAGGGUGGUCUAGGUUUAGAAAAUAGUACAUCUGUUCUGCAGUAUGGUAGUAGUAUAUCAUCAACCAAUUCUUCAAACGCAACAGCAGUAACAAGUUCGCAGCAGCAAUCUAGUAAUUUAACACAUUUCCAUCAACAACAACGUUCGCAGCAUCAGCAAGGAUAUUCAAUAACACCAGCUGAAUCCUUGAACGGUAGUGGCACACUAGUUUUUAGUAGGUCAAGAAUUAACAGCAACAGUGAUUCAUACAACAGUAAGAACAACAAUUUAAACAAACUUAAUUACGACAAAAAAUGCUCGAGUUCUGGUGCUAAUAUAAAUACACAUAGUAAUAACCGUAACAAAAGCAAUAAUAAUAGUAACGCAAUAAACAUUAGCAGUAGUAGUAGUAGCAAUCAUCAAAGUGAAACCAAUCAAUUGAAGAGUAUUAUCGAACUCAACACACAUGUUAGUGAAUUGAACUGUAAAAAUAUUGAGUUUAACAGACAACUAAGUGCGCCUACGGAACACAACAAUAAUCAAAACAACCCAAAUUGCUAUAGCAACAGUGUUUACAAUUUGUACUCAAAUCACAUCUUAAGUCAAUAUUACACCGGCUCACCGAACACAAAUAGUUUAAACAGAACAAAGAAAAAGAGGAGCUUCAAACUAAAUGGAAGAUUAUUCAACGCUGCCAGCACGGAUUCCAUACGGUUUCACUCGAAUCUGUUAAACCAAAAUGAAAAUGAUUUAAGAGUAUCGAUUGAUAACACUUGUACCGAUUCAUUAGUGACAGCAUUGGACGAUGAAGCACUACUGAUUAACGAUUACAUAAACGACAUGGCAAAAUCUAAGGUUCAUUUCGAUGAUGUUUCCUUGUAUGGAACUCCAAAAGAAGAACCGCUUCCAAGUAUACCACCAUCAACUGAGAAGCCGUCAUCGAAUUUUUUAAAGAACCAGCUGCAAGCAUGGUUUCAACCAACUGACAAUCGACUUGCUAUGAAGCUUUUUGGUAGCAAAAAAGCUUUAGUGAAAGAGCGAAUUCGACAGAAAACGUCUGGACAUUGGGUAAUUCAUCCAUGUAGUUCAUUUAGGUUCUACUGGGAUUUAUGUAUGUUACUAUUACUCGUAGCCAAUUUAAUCAUUUUGCCUGUCGCCAUAUCAUUUUUCAAUGAUGACCUCAGCACGAGAUGGAUUGCCUUCAACUGUUUAAGUGAUACGAUAUUUUUAGUUGACAUCGUAGUCAACUUUAGAACAGGUAUAAUGCAACAAGAUAACGCCGAACAAGUGAUAUUAGAUCCUAAGCUAAUCGCUAAACACUAUUUGAAAACAUGGUUUUUUUUGGACUUAAUAUCGUCGAUACCACUAGAUUAUAUCUUCCUCAUAUUCAAUCAGAUUCAAAAAAAUAAUCAGGAUUUUUCGGACUCGUUUCAAAUUCUUCACGCCGGCAGAGCAUUACGCAUACUCCGAUUGGCAAAACUUCUAUCUUUGGUGAGGUUACUACGACUUUCGCGGUUAGUGCGAUAUGUUUCACAAUGGGAAGAAGUUUAUAUCCUACAAAAUCUCCAAAAAAAACAUUCAGAUCGAAGAGGAAGAUCUUUUCGAAAAGAACAGGCGGGCUUUUCAAAGAGCAAUCUUAUUUUUAAGUUCUUGAAUAUGGCAUCCGUAUUCAUGAGGAUAUUCAAUUUGAUUUGUAUGAUGUUACUAAUAGGACACUGGAGUGGAUGUUUGCAGUUUUUAGUUCCUAUGCUGCAAGGGUUUCCGUCUAAUUCGUGGGUGGCCAUUAACGAAUUACAGGAGGCCUAUUGGUUAGAACAAUAUUCUUGGGCACUGUUCAAAGCAAUGUCUCAUAUGCUUUGCAUUGGUUAUGGAAGGUUUCCACCACAAUCACUCACGGAUAUGUGGUUAACAAUGUUGUCUAUGAUAUCUGGUGCAACUUGUUACGCUCUCUUUCUGGGACACGCAACUAACUUGAUUCAAAGUUUAGACUCCAGUAGACGUCAAUACCGGGAAAAGGUAAAACAAGUCGAAGAGUACAUGGCUUAUAGAAAAUUACCAAGGGAUAUGAGGCAAAGGAUAACAGAGUACUUUGAACAUCGUUAUCAAGGAAAAUUCUUCGAUGAGGAAUGUAUUCUGGGUGAGCUCAGUGAAAAACUAAGAGAAGAUGUGAUAAACUACAAUUGUAGGUCUUUGGUUGCUUCAGUGCCUUUUUUUGCCAAUGCUGACUCUAAUUUUGUAUCAGAUGUAGUAACUAAAUUAAGAUACGAAGUAUUUCAACCUGGUGAUAUUGUAAUUAAGGAGGGAACAAUAGGAUCAAAAAUGUACUUUAUCCAAGAAGGUAUCGUUGACAUUGUAAUGGCGAACGGAGAGGUAGCAACUUCCUUAUCCGAUGGGUCUUAUUUUGGAGAAAUUUGUCUUUUAACCAAUGCUAGACGAGUUGCCAGUGUUCGCGCUGAAACUUAUUGUAAUUUAUUUUCAUUAAGUGUUGAUCAUUUCAAUGCUGUUCUGGACCAAUAUCCAUUGAUGAGAAAAACAAUGGAGACUGUAGCAGCAGAAAGACUCAACAAAAUUGGAAAGAACCCUAACAUAAUGGCACAUAAAGAAGAAUCAGAAUCAGGAAACGCAGAAACUAAUCAAAUUAGCGCUGUUGUGAAUGCGUUGGCGGUUGAAGCUGAAAAUAAUCUGAACAACCUGAGUGACGAGAGUGGAAGCUUGAAAAAGGUUCAUUCUGAUUUAAGUUUAGCCGAGUUAAAUCAAAGCUUACGUAUGAGUUUACCUAGGCCAAAGAGUGGCGAAUUUAGAGCACUUUUUGAAGGUAGUCCCUAGAAAAUUAUAACUCUCUCUGCAAACGACAAAAAUAAGAUGAAAGUGAGACAUUAAAAACAACCUAUUAUUUAUAGUUCUUAUAGUGUUUGUUUAUAUGCAAGUAUGAUUUCAUGUGGCAUGAUUGUAGCCAUUCGACUAUUUCAAAAGAUCAAUUAAUUAGUAGUACAAUCUUAGUACUAAGCUAUAAUAAAAUGUCACCUAAA